AUGUAUAAGGUUGUUGCGGAUUCUGCUGUUCCUUACAUGGUUAUGCACAUGAGAGGAGAUCCAUGUACAAUGCAGAACAAAGAGACUUUGGAGUAUAAUGAUGUAUGCAAGGAUGUUGCUUCAGAGCUUUAUUCGAGAGUAAGAGACGCAGUGCUCUCUGGGAUUCCAGCUUGGAGGAUUAUGACUGAUCCAGGAAUAGGGUUUUCGAAGAAAAUUGAUGACAAUCUAGAUAUUAUCAUGGAUCUUCCGAAAAUCCGGAAAGAGAUGGCUAAGAAGAGCGUAGCAUUGUCUCAUGCACCUAUGCUUAUAAGACCUUUAAGGAAGAGAUUCUUGGGAGAUAUUUGUGGCCGUCCUGAGGCAAGUGAAAGAGAUCCUUAA